AUGGUCUACCAUAUUCUUGUUGCCUCAUACACAGAGUCGGUAUUCACUCUCGCAUUUGAUCCUGUCGCCUCCUCGCUUGAGAUUAUCUCGUCUCUCAAGGUCGGGCAUCGCCCGUCUUGGAUCACGUUGCAUCCAGGGGACUCUUCCAUUGUUUUCGCAGGAUUGGAGCAAACAGAAGGCCGCGUGGUAGUCUUGAAGUACGACGAGCGCGGUCAGGGAAAGGUCCUUGGCAGCUUUAGCAGCGGCGGCAGAGACCCCGCCUCCCUUCUUGCCACGAAGGAUACUCUGUUUGUUGGAAACUAUUCAUCCGGCACCGUUCUCGCUGCGCCAUUAUCCACCCAAUCUCCUUUCCUCUAUCAAUCAACGCCCGAUGUCGUCCAACUACGGGGUAAGGGACCAAAAAAAGAACGCCAGGAAGCAUCACACCCUCACCAAGUCGUGUUCAUCCCCGAGCGCGAAGAACUUCUAGUGCCUGACUUGGGAGCAGAUAAGACGUGGAGAUUCAUCAAGGAUGAUAAGGGAGCGUGGUCGCCUGCAGGGCACGUUGACUACAAGCCGGGAAGCGGGCCUCGACAUGUCGUCUUCCAUGAUGGCAAUAUGUACACUCUUCUCGAACUCACCAGCCAACUCGUGACGCAUCAUCUUCCCUCGCUCCCAUCUUCCCCUACAACCUUAUCUACAGUGGCCACUCUCUCCAACCCCCCACAACCCCUAGGCGACAUGCUCGCUGCGGAGCUUCUCCUAUAUCCGUCGCCUAAACCUUACCUAUAUGUCUCUAACCGCAACGACCCAUCCCCCCUUGGGGAUUCUAUUGCCAUUUUCUCACUUGCCAACCCAAAAGUGCCACAGCUCGUGAACGAAGUGCGUACUGGACUUCAGCAUGCCCGCGGCAUGCAGAUAGAUCCACACGGCAAGUGGCUCAUUGCUGGAGGUGUUCAUGGCGGCGGUGUUAAAAUAUAUGAAAGGGACAACGCGGGUCAAACGUUGAAAGAGGCUGCGAAGAAUAACAUCGUGCAGAGUCCGACUGGGUUCCUGUGGUUGUAG